GAGAAGGAGAAGCGCUCGCAGGCGAAGACCGAGGAGGAGGAGGACGAGGAGGAGGACGAGGCGGACCCGGCGAGGGACGAGCAGAAGGGCGACGGCAAGGGGAGCCCCGAGGGCGGCAGCGACGACGAGCAGGAGCCGGCCGCGCGGCACCCGCCGGGCUCCCCCGCGCGGAGGCGGGAUGCCCUGGCCGCCGAGGGCAAGAGGCAGACAGAGGCCAGCGGCGCCCUGAGGGAGCCCCCCUCCGUGGACUCGGGCCUGGAGGGCAAGGGCUUCGAGGAGAACCACCGCUCGAGGGCGAAGCGGAAGUCGAAGGGCGGCAAGGCGGAGGGCGACAGGGCGCCAGAGGCGCCCGCGGUCGGCAGCCGUGGGCUGCCCGCCGGAGAGGCCGCCUCCCCGUGCACCCCGGCCCAGUCGCAGCGCCCGGAGGAGCGGGCCCGCGACUGGCCCGCGGAGCCUCAGCACGUGGCGGGCGCCAGCAACGGCGGCAGCAGCGGCAGCCGCGCCCGGAGCAGCAGCGCCGGCGCCGCGAGGGCGCCCGCCGCGGGCGGCGGCGCCGGCCCGGGCCCCGCCGGCUUCCGGGCCGCGGGCGCCGCGGCGGCGGCCGCCGGCGAGGCGCGGCCCGGGGGCCCCGCGGGCGGCGACGCCGGGGCCGCCGGCGCCGCGGCGCCCGCGGCGGGGCCCGGCGGCGCGCCCAAGGCCGCCGCGCCGAAGGGGGCCGCGGCGCCGCGGGCGGCCAAGGCGGGCGCCAGAGAGGCGAAGGCCGCCGCGGCCCCCGCGGCGGCCGCGGGCAGCGGCGCGGAGCCGCGGUGGAGCGGCGCCCCCGCGGACGCGGCCAAGGAGCCCUCGGCCGCGGCGGAGCGCUCGGAG